AAGAUAUGCAUCGAAAGCAGGAAUCAUUAUUACUUCUAUCGAGCUAGAGAGAAGGGUUUUCGACAGAGUCAUUAGAGUGAUCGAGCUUAUCAACUCUACUGUCAACUCAACAAGGAUAAACAAGUAAGACGUUCUGUUAUCUGCAUUCAGUAUAUUGAUUUUUCAAUCUGACCCUGGAAUCCAGCCAUGAAGUUCACCGAGGAUUACGCGGUCUUCGUUCUCUCUCUUUUAAUUCCAAUCACCGCUGGAUUCUAUUUUGCCUGCCAAGGAGGAAGACAGAAAACCACAACCGAAUUUCUCCUGGCUGAUAAGAACCAGAGGAGCUGGCUGAUAGCGCUGUCACUUGUAGCUAGUUAUUUCUCAUCGGUUCUCUUGCUCGGCGCGACUGCUGAAGUGUUCACAUAUGGUGUACAGUAUAUUAUUUUUGCGUUGUUCUCCUACUGGAUUGUGGCAGCUAUUGCACAUGUUAUCUUUAUUCCCAUGUUCCAUCGAGUAAAGAUUACUUCAGUAAACGAGUAUCUGGAGGCGAGGUUUUCCGUCGGCGUCCGAUACAUUGGAUCACUCCUCUUCACUGUAACUUAUAUUCUUUACCUAUGCCUCGUCCUUUACAUCCCAUCACAUGCCAUUAAUACAGUUGCUGGUGUUCCUUUAGCAGUCGGUAUUGUAUCCACUGGAAUCGUCUGUACUCUUUACGCCGCGCUGGGAGGUCUUAAGGCUGUCGUAUGGACUAACGCAUUUCACCUCAUUCUCAUGCUGACGGGACUCAUCACGCUGUGCAUUAUGGGUAUCGACACCGCAGGGGGCUUUGGACAAGUGAUUGAAGUGAAUAAAAAACGAGAGCGGAUGACAGUGUUCAACUUCAAUCCGAAUCCCACAGUCCGGGACACCUUCUGGACUCUUUCCAUCGGAGGAGCCAUAACGACCAUGCCUGUGUGGACGGUCAGCCAGACAGCUGUCCAGCGGUAUAUCUCCAUCAAGUAUGUCAACCUGGCUAGAAGGGCUGUAUGGAUAAGUGUACCAGUGUUGAUAGUUAUGACUGGCUUAGCGUGUGUGAACGGUCUCGUCAUGUACGCUGUGUACGCCAACUGCGAUCCCCUGACAGCGGGAGAAAUUCAACGCAACGGUCAGGUGCUGCUGUAUUACGUCACAGAUAAACUUCAUCACCUGAAAGGGAUGCCGGGAUUCAUGAGCGCCUGCAUAUUUGCCGGAUCAUUGAGCUUCAUUUCAUCCGGACUGAACUCUCUGUGCCUGGUCAUUUUAGAAGAUUUUCUCAAGAAGAUGUCACGAAAGAUGGAUGACUUCGAUUCCGCGAAAAGCUGCAAACUGUUAACUGUGUUAAUAGGCUGUGUGGUGAUCGGAGGCGCGGUCGCUCUUCAUCAGGCGGGUGACGUAGUAUUGCAGGUGUUCUCUGGUUUGCUGUAUGUUACGGGCGGUCCGUUACUCGGCAUCUUCAUGCUUGGGCUGCUGAUUCCACGAGCUAACAGCAAGGGCGCAUACCUUGGAGUAGCCAGCGGUCUGGCUAUGACAGUGUGGCUUUUCACUGGUGCCCAGCUCUACCCGCCAAAUGAUUACCGGGGCCCUGUGUGCAUUUCAGGGUGCUCCUCUGACGUAUUCAACAAGACCCAGGCAGCUAUGAACAACGACACUGGAAUACAUUAUCCCAUCACGCAUCAUCAUGUUAAUCCACUGGCCACAUUCUACAGUACGUCGUAUUUGUGGUACUGCGCUAUUGGUUGGGCAGUCACCAUGGUGAUAGGCACAUUGACAAGUCUGUUGCUAGAAACCGAAGACGAAAAGAAAGCAGGCGUAGAUCCUAAACUCGUAUUUCCACUCAAGUUAUGGCUCUUAAGCUGGUUACCAAGCCAACGCGAAAGAUGGAAUUCGAGUACAGGCCUCCCUCAGUCAGACGACAAAGAGGACUGGGUACAGCUUGGGGAGAGAAAGCGGACGGGGUCUGCAGAUCAGUUACCAAGAACAGGGACAAGCGAAUCCUGGCGAACAAGUUGUGCUUGAAAAAGAACAAAAAAGAUCUUAAAGAUAACCACGCUAGCAAAGGCAAAGGUUAAAUCGAUUCAAAAAAGUCACCACGUUAUCGAGUCAAAUCACCUUACCAGGAAUUCCCAAAAACGCAAGAAUCACUUCAAAGGUUGCUUUAGGUUGCUUUAGCCUUCGUCGCAUGCUGAUAGCUAUCCCAUUAAGAUCACCGAAACUUGUGUGAAACAACGCUUGGGAUAAAUGCAAGAGUUUCUCGACUCCAAAAGAGAUGCAAGAACUAUCUACAUGCAUGGUUACCUUCUACAGACGUUCUCGAUUACUAUUGUAGAUAAAGUUUUGAUAGAAAGUAUUUAACUAGAAUUGUGGUCAGAUGUCUCGCAUGGAAAAAUAACUUUCACUCAAAGUAAGAUGAUAGAGAAAACCAAGUAUGUCAGUUGGCAGACUCAUACCCAGUCCCUAUUUACAGGGCAGAUUGGAUUGAUUCA